AGGCAGGAAAAUGAGAGGUCGCGGAAGUUUGGCGAGUCUGAGCCGAGGGAGCUGCCGGGAAAUGUAGUUCUUUUGGGCGGGGGACUACGAGACUGGGCGAGGCCCGAUCCGAAGUCCCAGUCCGAAGAGGGAGCCUGGACGGACAAGGCUGUCUCCCAGGAUUGCAUCAUGGAUAGUUUUGUCAUACGAAAACCCAGAACUGAAGGACAGCCUACGAAGAAAGAUGCAGCAGAAAAGUUUUACAAGCAAGCCACUAUAGAGUCUCUGAAGAGGGUUGUGGUUGUAGAAGAUAUAAAAAGAUGGAAAUCUAUGCUAGAGCUUUCAGUUCAAUCUAAGGAGAAUCUAAUUGAGGCCUUAGAGGAAUUAAGGAAGAAAAUACCCUCGAAGGAAGUUUUACUUUCAACAAAAAUAGGUCAUACUGUGAAUAAAAUGCGUAAACAUCCAGACCAGGAUGUAGCUGCUCUUGCCAAAGAUGUGUAUGUUGGAUGGCGAACGUUCUUCAAGGAGCAUUCAAACAGAUCCUCAAUAGAAGUGAGGAGUGAUCCCAAAACAGAGAGCCUUAGAAAGAAUGCAGAGAAAUUACUUGCUGAAGCUCUAAAGGUGGAGAUUGGUCACCCGCUGGCAGAAAAUAUUGAGCGAGAAGCCUUUCAUCUCUCUUCCCGUCUCAUUAAUGCACCCUACCGCAGGACCGUGCGAGCACUUGUAUUCGCUUUAAAGCACAAGCCUGAAACUCGGACACAAGUCCUAAGUGGUGUGCUGUCACCUGGCACACUUGUGCAAAGCCACAAGAAGUGACCUGAAUGUCUAGUGCAGAAUGAGGAGAACUGCAUCAUGUAAUGGAAGAUGAGGAAUAGGAUAACAUUACCAAUGUGAACUGUUCUGUGGUAUUUGAAGAAUGUUUAGGAAAGUCUGUUGGACACCAAGUCCUUGUUUGCAGAUGGUAGUUUAGAGAGUGAACUACAAUGGGAAAGGGGGUUCUUCUCCUUCUGCUUUACUUUAUGGCAGCUUUGGAUGAAUUUUAGCUAGGAAGAGACUCUGCUCCUUUUGAGUGUAUGGUCAGAAACCUGUGUGGACCAUCUUAGGGGCUUAGUAGUAUGCUCAGAAAUAACUACAGGGACCAAAUGAAAUGCAAACUGAAUGUAAAAUAUAAACUAGCCCUACCCUCUAGCAUGUCACACUCCUUACUCCCUAACCCUCACUUUCACAUCUAACUAGCUUACAUUCUCCAGUGCCUGUAAGCAGAACUAAGAAUUAACAUGAAGGAGCUAAUACCUGAUGUAAUUACCCAACAAGAUCAUGAUACCUGUUGGUGAUAGAGGUUUAGCCUCUGCUACUCCGGAGUUGGAAUCCUUAGAAGGGCUGGUAGUUCUUUGCAGUUUACAGGUGGAUAUGAAAACAAGAAGCUUGCUCUUUACCUAAUCCAUGCUUCUUAUUUAUCAAGAUCGUUUUGCUGUAUCUGAAGAUUUUCACAAAAUCCAUGUGGAGAUGUCCUGAAUUCUCUUCUCUUGCAGUGGCCUCCCUGUUUUGUAUUCUAAUCCUUAAAUGUAUCCUAAAAUGUCACUACCACAUUCUUUUCUUUAAAAACAAGGCAACUUUUUAUCCUACAGAAAAGACUGAUAACAAGUAAGAGCUUUCAUAAAGUUUAAAAGUAUAAUUUAGUAGAAUAAUAUAGCCUUUAAAAAAAUCUUUUCAUUAAAAUAAAACACAAAGCAAAAAUCCAGGACAGGUAUGUGUUGCUGAAACAUUUUAAUGCAAUUCAAAAGAGCAUCAUAUUGGUACUGAUACACAAGGUAAAGUUUAUGAAUCUAAUCCCCUGUAUCUGCCACUUUAAUGUAUCAUAUUUAACAUAUCAAGACACUCUUUGUUUGGGGAAUAAAUGGAAGGUACAUGACUAUGGGAAACACCUAUAUCGGGCAGCAGCAAUAUAGGAAGAUGCUGAAAGGCAUCAUCUCAUACUGCGUGGGAGAUGGCAAUGGCAAAGCCCUCCUGUAUUCUACCAAAGAAAAACCACAGGGCUCUGUGGUCGCCAGGAGUCGACAUCGACUCGACAACACACUUUACCUUUACCUAAUAAAUUGCCAUGUUGGGGAGUGGGAAAGCAACAAUUCCAGGACACUUAACAGAAGUGGGAAGUUGAAAAACCAAAGCAUAGCAUCAUUGGGGGGGGGGGGAAUGGAAAUUUUACAAACUUUUUGAAGUUUAAAGGAUUAUAUCCUUCCAAAUCCUGUGGAAGGAUUUUGGGCAUAGUAAAUUAAUAGAAGAAGAAUGGUUCAAGACCAAAAGGGGAGUUCUGCUAGGAAAGAUCCUUCUGUUUCCCAAGGACUUCUUAUUGAGAGUCUUGUUUCCAUCAAAUGAUGGUGCUAGAAAGACAGAAUGGUUGCAAAUGACUGGUUAAGAGGCAAGUAGCUGUUUCCAUAGUCACAUGGACCAGUUGCUGGAGAAAAGAGCACAGAUUGGCUCACAGUGCCAUCAAAUCUUAGUAACUCAUUUGGAAACAAAUUAGAAGUCAAGCAUGCACUUUCAGAAAUUCUUACACUGUCUUUAUUACACAAUCCCCUUGUAUUCCUGCUUCUCAGUAGGCAGUCUGCAGACCAUAUUAGGCCAGCUGGGCCUCCUCGUGUGCUCUGUUGAAUCUGCUUCUAGGGUUGUGCACGGAACCGGCGGUUCCACUGCUUCGAAGGUGAGGGGGUUGACUUUAAGGAUGGAGGAGGGGGCACUUACUCCUCCCACCACUUUCCCCACACCGGCACUCCGUUAGCAAAGAGUCUGUCGGGGUGACAGCAUACCUCCCUGCCACCCCCGUUGCCUCAUUGGACCCUACGUCGCUGGAAGUUCCCGACAUGCCAGAGCAUGUCAUGCUUGGGUGCAUGACGUGCACGCUCACGGGUGUGACAUGCGCACAUGCACAUUGGGUACUUCUGGUAAUGUAGGGUCUGACGCAACAGGAUGGCAGGGGGCAACGGGAUGGCAGGAAGGUACGCUGCUGCUCCUACAGACCCUUUGCUAAUGGAGCACUGGCAGGGGAAAAGCAGAGUUAGGGGUAAGUGCACCCUCCCCCACGCUUAUCAGGACCCCCCCCGCCUUCGAACUUCCCUCGCCCAAUUCCGUGCACAUCUCUAUCUGCUUCUUCCAACCCUUCACUUCUGCCUCAGAGUGGCUACAUCUGUUGGUGCCCUGUAGCAACUCCUGCAUUUCCCUGUGUUAUGUUUGUGCAGUGUCAGAAGGAAACAUGAUGGUCUGGUGCUAGUACCUAUCAUAAGCAGCAGCUUCACAGAAUUAGCCAUAGCAGGAGUUGCAUGGUGGCUAAGAGGCUGAGCUGCAAAUCAGGACAUCCCUGGUUCAAAUCUUGUCUCUGCCACACUUUCGUUAGGUGGCCUUAGGCAAGCUCCUGCUCUCUCUGCUUCAGCUGACCUGUUACUAGCCACGCUUGCUGUGCCAUUUUGGGGGUGCUUCAGUGUACCUCUCAAACCUAGUCUUUCAGCCAUUUUCCUGUUCUUAACCUGCUUGGAAAAGAAAUGCCGACUGCAUUCCAGACAAAAGGUUGUUCUGGUGAGUAGUUUCUCCAAAACGUUCAUUUGCAAAGGACUUCAGCAAGCCAGAGGAAAUGGCGCUCUCUGAUUGCAUUAGAGCACAGGUAGAGAGAGAUAUAGAACAGAACCAAUUAAAGUUGAAAAGAGACAAAAGGAAAAGGGAUGCAAGCCCUCUCACCUCUAUGAUAAGCUCAAGGUUGCACAAGCUUUCUUGCCCCCAUUGCUUCUUUUAAGUUAAGCAGGUAUAUUCCAGAAUGUGUGAUGUGCCCUCCUCCAAAGCCCUAUUCAGGUGCUUGCCUUAACAAUCACUCUCUUCAUAAAACUUCCUUUGUCUAUAGAAGAAUACAGGGAGCCACCUGACAUAACCUAAUCAAUAACUAAUAUUCAUGCCUUAUCAGGAGCGGGAACUCCUGAAAUCAGGAAAUCCCUGAAGGGGACUAGUUUCCAGUCUCCUUUAGCCAUCAAUUAAAGCCUCAGGAUAUGUUUUUGCCUAUAAAAACUCCCCUCAAACAUAAAAUCACGCUUUUGCCACCUACCCCUCUUGCAAGCCUGCACUCUGCUCGGGGUGCCCUUGCAUUUGAGCCACGCUUUUGCUGCAAUCUCAUGUUUGCUCUUGCAUCUGCCACCUUACUUUUGCUUUUGUCAGUGCCUUUGCCUCCUGCAUGUGCCACACUCGCCACACACUUGCCAUCGGAGGCUGCACCCCAUGCUGCCGAGGUGCACCCCAAUAAGCUUGCUUUAUGCUUGAGCUCCCAGGAGAGAAGGAUUCUCACAGAUUCAGGUAACUAUGACAAACACCCUCUCCCUCCCUCAAGCCUCUAUCCCCUUCUUAGUACAGCAACUUGGCAAUAUGCCUAAUCACCCAUUUUUUCAUUUCCUGUACCCCUUUAUCCCUCAAUUAAAUAAUUUUGUUUUCAAA